AUGGAUCAUAAGAAGCUGCGUGAAAUACAGAGAGUGGUCAGUGAAGCAUUGGCCAGCAUUCGACGUGAUUACCGCCAAAAAUUUGACAUCUUUGCCGAAUAUUCUGUAAAAUCAGCAGCCGAGGCUAAAAACCAGGUGGAUAUUAAGCGCAAACUGGAAGCGAAGGCCUGUGCUUGUUAUGUUACUUAUCGUCAGAGCGAGAGAGAUCAACACCGUCAGCAAGACGUAAUGAAAGCAAUAAUUCAAGAAUAG